CGACCUUUUGUUUUGAUUAUCCUGAUCACAACAUCUGAUUAUUGAGUUUAAUAAAAAAGAUUUUUGAUUUUCAAAAAAUCAAUUAUCGUCUUCGAAACAAAAAAGAAUCAUGUCAGCAUAUAGUGCAAGACCUCCGAAACAGGAAAUGCCUCCUCCCGGUGGCUAUGAAGAGAUAAAUUUUCGUCGAGUACCUGCUCAACGUAUAUUUGGCUACAAAGCAUUUUUCAUUGGUAGUACUAUGAUGAGCGUAUAUGCUGUUUUUUAUUAUAAACGUCGAAAAAAUCAUCUUCAUCAAUUGACGGCCGAAUAUAAUGAUCAUGUAAUUGCUGUCGAGCCAUUGAUUAAAGCCGAAAUUGAUCGAGCAUUUUUGCGUCAAAUUCGACACAACCGUAAUGUUGAACGUGAUCUUAUGAAAAACGUACCUGAUUGGGAAGUUGGAACAUUAUGGGGUUCAAAAGUUUAUAAAACAAUACCAGAUAAUUCAUUACCGAAUGUUUCUUUAAGAGAAUUUUAUGCACAUCGAUCAUUGACGGAAAUGCGUGAAUUCAUCAAACCAAAUCGAGAUACUGGUCUUGAAGAAAAUACAAUCAAUUCAUUGGAAUAGAUUUGUUGUUUUGUAAAAGUAUACGAAAAAAUACUAUUAUUAUUCGAAAUA